AUGGCUGAAUCAACGCGCAGCUCUGCCCACUUCGACUUUGCUAGUGAAUACAACGAGGCUGUGAAAGAUUUCAAAAUCCUGCGAGGUAAUCAUACGAAGACUGCCAUUGAUAACCGCGAGUUCGUCCUUGUGGAUAGAAUAACGCGGCACCUCGAAAGCUCGAAGCCAUGCACAGGCAACUUCGCCAAUAAUCUCGAACGUCUGCUCGUGUCGGCUCACCAUUCUUAUCACACCCACCCUCCCGAUAUCCCAGUGACUGAACUCAAAGCGUACCUAGCAGUUUUCUUCAUCCUGAUUGAACUAGAUCAUGCCCACUACAUCCACCUUUUUAGAGAACAAGGUUUGGACGACAAGCAGCUACCAUUCACUCAGGAGCAACUCAAGAGGAUCAGAGUCAACGAGACGAGAAAUGUGGACAAGCUACUCGAUGAUUUCUUAACGCAUCAGUAUGCUUGGUGUCCGAUGGUAUUCAACCUCGAUAUGGGAGAAUACCAUGGCAAGCAAGUCAUUCCCUUGUGCAGCAAGUUUCAAGUCGAGGUUCAUCGAGAUGGAUACUUGCCUCUGGGAAACGAUGCAAAGGUCUGGAGAAUUGAGGUACCAGCGGACCUCGUUAGCCCAAGCCUUCAAAAGAAAUCACAACACACCAAAACACAGCAUGCAGCCGGCACGGAUCAAGCAGAAGAACAGCCGGCUGAGGAUUAUUACCAGUUCGUUUUGAAGGAAUUUGGACUGUCGAAGAAGCCAUCAUUCGAUCGAGAAAUGAUAAUGAGCAGAGCACUCAAAGACGCAUAUGGCAUUCUUCAAUAUAUUGGAUGGUAUGAGGCCACUGCAAUAGAUGGCUCUCCAUCAUUCAGCAUUAUACUGGAAUUAGGAGACGAGGACUUCUACACAACUGUCAGAACUCAGCUUCCACCUGUAUCACCGCAAGAGAUUCUCCUGUUCUGGGAAAAGAUGGUUGAUCUUUCUUGUGGAUUGGUCCAUAUCCACAAGUUGAUUGUGGGAAACAUUCAGUGCCAUGGAGACAUUAAGCCGGAAAAUAUUGUGCUGGCAAAUGGUCGCUUCAAGUUUGCAGAUCCGGCUGAGGCAGGCAUUGAGGUGUCCAUUCCAUCAGACACCCCAAAAACAGCGCUGACAGGAGGCACUGUCACAUAUGCAUCCCCGGAGAAGAGCAGACUUUUACAAGGUAGCACAAGCAGCAUCGCCAGUUCAUCGCGACAGGUUCCUUUGAAAAGUGAUGUUUGGUCCCUUGGUUGCGUUUUCUCUGUGGCUGCCACAUACGUGGUUUUGGGAAGCCAAGGUGUUCGCCAGUACGACCGACUUCGUGUUGCGAUACAUCGACUACGGAGAAAAAUCCCGAACGACAGCUUCCACGAUGGCGAGAGAGUCUUGCCAGAGGUCACUGCGUGGCACAGGUACUUACGUGCGACUGCACGAGGUACCGACAAGCUCACGGCAUUGGUCCUUGAUCUUGUGGAUGAGCGUAUGCUUGUUGGGGAUCUAGAUUCGAGAGACGGGGCAGAUGGCAUUUUCAAACUGAUGUCUGAUGCUGUGCAUGCUCGAAAUAUCGCGGACGCAUCAACCGUUCCCCGGGGUAUACAAGUAUUCCUCGAAAAUCUUGAAGUAGGCGAUAUGCAUUCCGAUGCAUUCGCUGAUGACGAUGACCUUGAAAGCGCCAUCGCCUUCCCUGAUACACCUCCUUGGGUACCCGAACAGGUCGAGUCAGACAUCAUCAGUACUCAUGAGCUUCUUUCGGAACCGCUCGCCCGAACUUCCCAACGUUACCAACAAUACCAGAUGAGAAGAUCCGGCUCCAGACCUCAAUCUCUUCGACACGAGUUGCUCUCUCAACUAAGCAUACCAUCUUAUGGGGCUCAUCUGCUGGAGGAAAGAAGGUCUUCUAUGUUUAACGAUCUUCCAACAAUGGAAUUGCAAGGCGUUACCGACAUGUGGAUGGUUGAAGCUGAUUUGGAACGGCUACAAACACCAUCCAGGCUCGCAACACGCAUCCCUUUCAGAAAACCAAGAGAACAAUCCGUGAAAGAGAAGAAGCAGCUCGCGAGGGAGGACGAAUUACAGGACUUCUUCAAAAAUAGGGACAUUGUUUAUCUCGUCGACAAUGGUUCAUCUAUGUAUCAGCAUUGGUCUCACGCCUCCUAUCUCAUCCGAAUACUAACAUGGCGUGCUCUUGGAUACGACGAAGAUGGAAUGGAGCUGUACUUUACCAACCCAACAACCACGGAGUGUGUCAGACAGAAAAAAGACCAAGAUGUCAAUGAGUUUGUUGACGCAAUGAAGCGGGCAAAGCCAACCUCCAAAACAGUCUGUCACCAGACUGGCAUUCUCACAGCACUUUCGAAAAUUCUGUACAACCGGCCACCGGUGAGAGCCCGGCCCAAGACAAUUCUGAUCUUGACAGAUGGCAAAUGGGAUGGGAUUUCUAGUGAAACUAGCGUAGACGAACUCAUCAAACGCCAUAUUGAUCAGCUUGACUGCAGCGUGGCGGGAACCGCUAGUCACCUCUCAGUUGAGCGACCUAUCACGUUCCAAUUUAUCAGCUUCGGCUACGACAAAGAAGGCAUUGAACGGUUGCGGCGCCUUGAUGAUGACAUGAGUCGCGAAGGAUAUCCUGACCUUGUCGAUACGGAGCCCGCGACCGGUGAUAUUUACAAGAUGUUCACGGGAAGCCUCUCAGAUGACAUGGACCAGGCCACGUACUUCUGUCAGCGCUGCGCCGCCAACAACCUAACGACGCCUACGGCCGCUAGCCCUAUGUCUGCCAUAUCUGCCAUGUCUGCAUCAACCGUAUCGCCGACUUUCGAUCUCGCUCUAACGAGGACUCCCCCAUACUCGCGGUGA